AUGACGUUACCUCAGACACCAAAGCGAAAACGAUCAGAACCAUCGACGGCUACCGCAGAAGCAGAUGGCCCAGCAAAAAGACCAAAGACCAGCGCGUUGGAGAAAGCUGCUCCGUUGGCGGAACGCAUGCGCCCCAAAACCCUCGAUGAGAUCUGUGGUCAAGAGCUCGUCGGUCCCAAUGGCGUCCUCCGCGGUCUGAUUGAGCAGGACCGAGUCCCCAGUAUGAUCCUGUGGGGCGGAGCAGGCACGGGAAAAACGACAAUUGCCAGAGUCAUUGCCUCGAUGGUGGGCAGCCGGUUUAUCGAGAUCAACAGCACCAGCACCGGGGUUGCGGAGUGCAAAAAGAUCUUCUCGGAAGCACGAAGCGAGCUGAGCCUAACCGGGCGCAAGACGAUUGUCUUCUGCGAUGAGAUCCACCGAUUUUCCAAGUCCCAGCAGGAUGUCUUUCUGGGGCCUGUGGAGAGUGGCACCAUCACGCUCAUUGGCGCUACGACGGAAAACCCGUCAUUCAAGGUCCAGAGCGCCCUGCUGUCGCGGUGCAGGACCUUCACAUUGUCGAAGCUCACAGAUGAUGACAUUGUCUCAAUCCUGAACCGGGCCCUGGAGGUCGAGGGACCCAAUUAUUCCCCCUCAGAACUGGUCGACCAGGAACUGAUUCGGUACCUGGCCACGUUUGCCGACGGGGACGCAAGGACCGCGCUUAACCUUCUGGAACUGGCCAUGGACCUGUCGACGCGCCCCGGAAUGACCAAGGAGGACUUGAAGAAAUCGUUGACUAGGACGUUGGUCUAUGACCGGGCCGGCGAUCAGCACUACGACACCAUCUCAGCGUUCCACAAGUCGAUCCGAGGCAGCGAUCCAGAUGCCGCCCUCUACUAUCUGGGUCGGAUGAUCCAGUCCGGGGAGGAUCCUCUGUUUAUCGCGCGCCGUCUGAUCGUGGUGGCAUCCGAAGAUAUUGGCUUGGCGGACAACAGCAUGCUGACGCUGGCCGUCUCCACCCACAGCGCCGUUGAAAAGAUUGGACUCCCUGAGGCCCGCAUCAAUCUUGCUCAUGCCACCGUUGCCAUGGCCCUGGCGAAGAAGAGUACGCGAUCCUAUCGGGGGUUGAACAACGUUUUUGCGGCGUUGGAAGAGCCUGGAGUUGCCGGCCUGCCUAUCCCCUAUCACCUGAGGAACGCUCCAACGCGGCUGAUGAAGGAGCUAGGGUAUGGCAAGGAGUACAAAUACAACCCCAACUAUGUGGACGGAAAGGUAGCCCAGGAAUACUUGCCGGAGAAGUUGCGUGGACGACGCUUCCUCGAGGACCACGAUCUGGGGCAGCAGGUGGACCCGGACCUGUUUACCCAGCAGGGAUGA